AUGCCAGAUCUCGCUCUCCACAAGCGUGCUCUGAUCCAAAGCAUAAUCGACUACGUCUCAACCCAUCAACACGGCGACGGUCCCGGUUGGCAACCGGCCUUUCGAGAGAGCAGAUGGUUUUCCCGAGGAUGGACCCUCCAAGAGCUCAUUGCCCCAACGAUCGUCGAAUUCUUCUCUAAAGAGGGCCAGCGCCUGGGAGAUAAGGAGUCUCUGGAACAAGAAAUCCACGAUAUAACCGGAAUUCCACGAAAAGCCUUCCAAGGUGUCCCUCUAUCUGAUUUCAGCGUCGCCGAACGUAUGCGAUGGAUCGAGAAGCGUGACACAAAAUACGAGGAAGACAAGAUGUACUCUCUAUUCGGCAUCUUCGAUGUGCAUAUGCCGGUUCUCUACGGCGAAGGAAGGCAGAAAGCAUUGAAGCGGCUGCAGGACAAGGUUCACGAGGAUUACCUCUGUCUGGCAAAAUUGUGGCCCAUAGACCCGCGUGAACCGCACGUCGAAAAGGAGCGGAUCGAGCUGGCGAAGGGUAGUCUGCCAGCUGAUGCUUACCGCUGGGUCUUCGACAACCCCCACUUCAACCGAUGGCGCCAGCUGCAGGAGAGUCGCCUGCUCUGGAUCAAGGGACUUCCAGGCACAGGCAAGACCGUAUUGCUAUGCGGUAUCAUUAACGAGCUAGAGCGGCGUGUUAUCGCUGACGGCGGCAACUUGGCGUAUUUCUUCUGCCAAGCUACCAACUCGCGCAUCAAUAACGCAAUUGCCGUACUACGAGGCUUAAUCUACCUACUUGCCCACCGGCAACCACGCCUGCUCUCACAUCUACCGGAGAACACAUACCCUUCCGAUGACGCAAUGGCAUGGAUCGUCCUGUCUAAGGUUUUAUGCGAGAUGCUAGAAGACCCGAACUUGAAGGUCACCUAUCUGGCGAUUGAUGCUCUGGACGAAUGUGUGAGAGGCCAACCGCAGCUUCUCAAGUUGAUCGUCCAGAUAUCAUCUGUGUCUGCUCGUGUCAAGUGGCUUGUAUCUAGUCGCAACUGGGUGCAGAUCGAAGAACAAUUGGCGAUCGUCGCGCAGCAGUCCAGACUCAGCCUCGAGCUUGACGAUGACACGAUCAAGAUCUGGGAUCCCGCGUUAGGGCAACCUAGCGAUGACACGGCCCACGACCGUGAUGGGGCCCUUACUCCCACUAGCGCAGUAGGAUUGGUAGCGUAUAGCCAUGAUAUUAGCCCAAUAAUACGACCUAGUCCUUUCCUCCAACGCCCUCCAAUUGGCCCAAAGAGAGGCAACUGA